CACUCAACAGCGUAUAAUAAUACGUAGUACUCAAAGGAUCCGUUCUCUCUCCCCCUGUUUGGAUUCAAACCGACUCAAAGCGCAUUCGCGAAGAAAUCAUCCACAGCUUCAAUUCAUCGGAAAUGUCGUCUACUCCGGUGCCUCCCAGCUCCGCUUACCUCACAGCUCUCACCAUGGAAAUCGAGAAGAAGCUUCAUCGAGCAGUGACUAUGCCGACUCAGAGGCUUGAUUCAUUGCAAGAGCUAUUUGCUGACAUAGCUUUGGAAGUUGAUGAUCGAGCAAGAGACAUAAUUUUCAGCAGUGAAAGUGCAAUAUCUGCAGCUGAGGAAAGGACUAAAGGCCCAAUUUGCUACUUCAAUGUGCUUGCUGACCAUUUUGUUCGUGUUCACCACAGCGGAAAACCAAUCCUUAAUCUAAUUGUUCAGCUAUGGAGCCAGUCCUUUGCUUGUCACAUAUUUUCCCUCUUGUUUCACAAGUGGCUUUUUGAGGUUGAGCUAGACAAUUCUGAAUCAUUGUUUCGGUACUCUUCUGCGCUUGUUCAAGGUGCAACCAAUGUAUUCUGGAUUGAUCUUCAAUCAAACACGAAAUGCUUUCAGAGUCUCUUUAUGUAUCUGAUUGAGGAAGUUUCGCUUGUUCCAGAACGGUUAAAGAAGAUACCGUUGCAGGCGCAACGGGAUUUGUUCCUCCUCCUUUCACGCUUCAUAUUCUUUUACAGCUUAGUUGACAAACUAGAAAGCUUCUUUAGCCAAUUUCCUGAUUUUCCGAAUGCUCUCUUUGUUGGUGGUCCAGCUGAUUUUUUUGUUACUGAAUUAGCUGAUCAGCUUCAGAAACUGAAAGUUGAGCCAGUACUACUGCAUUACCUUUCCCAGAUGAAAGUUCUUAGAGGGUUAGAAUUGAGAAUGACAACAAGUACAAGGCUGAGGACUUGCUUGUAUAGCUUCACAAGCCCAGGUGCUCCUAUGUAUCCAACAAGAGCGGUCCGCCAUGCCGCGUGGGAGGCAUUAGAUUUUCUUUUUCCGGUCGGUCGGUAUCCACGGCACCUGAUAAGCAUAUUCUUUCGGUUGCUACACCCAUGUUGCAUGUUUGCAUUGGAGGUUAGUGUCGUGAUUCACUUGGAGUAUGUCAACUGGAUAUCUGUAUAGUCUUAAUUGUAAGCGGUAUAUAGUACAUGUGGACUCCAUCGCUUUCUGUUGUGUGGAUUGUCACACUGAAAUUGUAACGUUUUGGGCUUUAAACACUGGACUAGUAUGAUGUGAAGAGUGGAGGGUGGAUGGAAUAGAUCAAUUUCUAUGUCCAAAAUGUACUGCCAUUAAUGUGUAUUUGUGCGAAGUAUUUUUUAUGUGUAUUUUGUACAUCACAACUUCACAAGUGUUUGAGGAUGGGAACAACAUGUGCAUUAAUUGAACAUUGGCAACUCUAAAAUGCUUACGAGUCCGCUUGAAUUUGUAUCAUAA